AUGGUAACUGCACUUGCACACAAAAACAAUGUAAUUAUAGUCAGUCUACACACAAAUCAUGCUUUGAGUCGUCAUAUUUAUGAUUUAAUGACAGGUGUUGACCAGCUGUCGGGUGGUUCCAACAAAGCCGACCUAACAUCGUCAGAGAUCAAGAUAGAUGUGGAUUACAUGACGACGACAUCGGAACUGGACAGGAGACAGGAAGAAGCGUCCCCUGACUGGAGUGUGUCGGAUAUGAAGGCACACACUCUCUUACUCACUGAGGAGGAAAAGAAGCUACUGGUAGAAGAAGGCAUCAGUCUCCCUACUGACGUGCCCCUCACAAAGGCUGAGCAGAAGCAUCUAAAGAGGGUCAGACGAAAAAUCAAGAAUAAAAUUUUAGCACAAGAAAGCAGAAAGCAAAAAAAGGAGUACGUUGAUGGGCUUGAAGAUAGAGUCAAGAUUUGCACAGGCCGUAACAGAGAACUCAAGAGAGAAGUAGACUGUUUGAAGCAAAAAUAUGUUUCACUGAUGGCGCAGCUGAGGAAAUUUCAAGCUCUUGUUGCGCAAUAUAAUCCCUCUAAGGUGCAGGCUGGCUCUGUACUCUUGGUGAUCGUGAUGUCCUUCUCAAUGUUCUUUGUCCCCAAGUUCAAGCACUACGGAGGCCCUCAGGCCAUUGGAAGUAUGUCACGAAGCUCAAGAACACUACUGUUUACCGAGACGGAUGAGUUUGGCAACGUGAUUGACCCUGAUAACGGUCUAAUAAUCUCGCCAGUUGGUGGCCAGUCUCCUAACUUCCCCCCCUCCCUGGGUGUACCAGACCCCUGCUCUAUUCUCAACACGGCCUGGCCUGCCAGACGAAUUUGAGACUCUGAGAAAGAUUAAGAUACAUUCGUCUGAUGUCGAGCAAAGUGAAAGACUGGCAGAUAACUCUUUUAGUGAACACAAUAAAAAAUUGUAAAUUAUUACUUUUUUGUGUGCUGUCUCAAAUGCUCAUUGAUAUAAAUA